UGGGUGUUGCAUCAAGAAUUCUAAUCAACUUAACUUGAAUUUUCUCCCGUUUUGUAGAUGUCUGAAUCUUACAAUAGUCUUCCCAAAUCCUUUAAGCUUUCCAAAUGAAGAUGACGUUCCGAGAUACGAUCAAGGAAAUGAGAGUCAUGCUUCACUUCCUCCGCCUCCUCCAAUUAUUCUCCCUGACCCACAAGUUCAAAGGCUUGAAAAGUUCAAGCUUACUCAAGCCCUUUUGGCAAGUAAACACGAAGAUGGGAAACCUGUGUGUGCGCACGUCCUAGAGAUGAAGUCAUACAUUGAUAGGUUAAACAUGUUGGGUGUCGAGAUUUCAAGUGGGUUGGAUAUUGACUGGGUUCUUCAGUCACUUCCUGAAUCAUAUAGUGAGUUCGUUAGAGAGUACUAUAUGAUUGACCACGACGUGACCCUAAUUGAUCUCACCUACUUGCUUAUAGCUGCUGAAUCAACAAUGAUUUGGCGUGCUGGUCAAGCAAAUUUGUCUAGUGAAUCAAACUCCCAAACUUCAAUGGAUACUGGCAACAUUGGAAGUCCAGAAAGAACUAAGUCUGUGAUUGUCCGAUGUGUUGUGCCAAAGGAAUCUAUUUGCUUUUAUUGCCAAGAGAAGGGGCAUUGGAAACGAAGCUGCCCUAAUUAUCUGAGAGAUCUAAGAGAUGGGAGAGUCAAGACGUAUGACUCUACUUCAGGAUCGAAGAAAAGAGAGGAAGCUUGAAAAAAGAAGUGAGCUGAAUCUGAUCAUGAAGAAAUGGAUUUCGAUCGCAUUACUUGAAGAAUGGAUUCUUGAGCUACUACUUGGAGUUAGAAUAGAUUGUUAAGAAAUAUGUAAUAACAUAGUUUUUCAAUUGAGUUGAAUUGUAAGGACAAAAUUUUUUCCGCACUAAAAUGAAUUUUGACUUUAUCUUAUUUAUUUAUCCUUGCAAUGGCAUGUAUGAAAGAAUUGAUGUUUGAAUGUUUCUAUUAUUAGCAAUAAUGGAUUUGAUUCUUAAUUGUGUUAUUUGUGGAAAUGUCAAAAUUUUACCAAAUAGGGAGAGUUUCUCAUCACCCAAGUUUCAAUUGGAAAGAAACUUGGAAUCAUGCAAUGUGCAUUGUAUGAUGAAUGAAAAACUUUCACAUUUGGGAACCUUAGACUAAUUCUUUGGCAAAGUGUCAAUUGAAGGACUAGGAGAUCGAGUACACUAGGUCGUACG